CUUAAAACAGCGUGCAGACGGAACACAGAUACAGUCCUGAUACUGCGAACAAAUCAGAGACACGGAGUCUAAGAAAAUGUCUGGAGGCAUCACCAAUCCCCGACCUGCAGACGCAGGAGUGCAGUCCAUCUGUCUCUCUAUGAAGAGUGCUGUGGAGAAGAACAGAGGAGAGAAUUUUGGGAUUUUUGAAGCUUUAUCCUACAAGACAAAAAGUGACGAUGGAACCACCUACUACAUCGAGGUCUUCACUGGGGGGGACAAAUAUCUGGAGGUGGAAGUGUUUGUGAAGUUCACCUUCGGCAGUGGAGCAGUCCUCACUAAAGUUUGUGAGAUCAUUAAGACAAAAGAGCCUGAGCUUCUAAAUAAUGCACCAACUUGA